GCGGGGAUGGCGGGCCGGGAGGCCCUCCUGGCGGCGGUGGUGGCGGCGGCGGCGCUGGCCUCCGCCUCCGCCUCGCAGGGCGACAGGGAGCCGGUCUACCGGGACUGCGUGCUCAAGUGCGAGGAGCGGAACUGCUCCGGGCCCGGCCUGCGGCACUUCCGCUCCCAGCAGCCAAUCUACAUGCGCCUGGCAGGCUGGACCUGCCGGGACGACUGCCUGUACGAGUGUAUGUGGCUGACGGUCGGCCUCUACCUCCGGGAAGGCUACAGCGUGCCUCAGUUCCACGGCAAGUGGCCCUUCUCCCGGUUCCUGUUCUUCCAGGAGCCUGCCUCGGCCUUGGCCUCUUUCUUCAACGGCCUUGCCAACUUGGUCAUGCUCAGUCGCUACCGCACCGCCGUGCCCGCCGCCUCCCCCAUGUACCCCACCUGCGUAGCCUUCGCCUCGGUCUCUCUCAACGCCUGGUUCUGGUCGACGGUGUUUCACACGCGGGACACCAGUCUGACCGAGAAAAUGGAUUACUUCUGUGCCUCGGCCGUGAUCCUGCACUCCAUCUACCUGUGCUGCGUGAGGACGCUGGGACUCCGGCGCCCAGCCCUGGCCAGCGCGUUCGGGGGCGUCCUGCUGCUGCUGCUGGCCGGGCACGUGGCCUACCUGACCCUCGUCCGCUUCGACUACGGCUACAACAUGGCAGCCAACGUGGGCUUCGGCCUGGUGAAUCUGGUGUGGUGGCUGGGCUGGUGCCUGAGGAACGUCCCACGCCUGCCCCACGUGUGGAAGUGUGCCGUGGUGGUGGUGCUGCUGCAGGGGCUGGCCCUGUUGGAGCUCCUCGAUUUCCCGCCCAUCUUCUGGGUCCUGGACGCUCACGCGCUGUGGCACAUCAGCACCAUCCCCGUCCACGUGCUCUUCUACAGCUUCCUGGUGGACGACAGCCUGUACCUGCUCAGGACAACUGACGACGGACUGAAGAUGGACUGAAGGGGCCGCGGCUGGAGCCGUCCCCCUCCCCCACGGCCGCGCUCGGGACCCGACGCCUGGGUUCCCUUUGGCUUCCUGCUGUCGGACCACGGGGGUUGCCAUUCCACCUCGACCCCCGACUCCCUCCGGCCAACUAGGGGUUCCCCCAGGGAAGACCCCCCCUCUCAGACCCCCUCUACGCCUUCGUGACGCUUCCGGCUUUUUCCGUGACCCGGCGACACCGGACCUCAGCCCCCCGGCCCGGGUGGGAAGAGGCCGGGGGGCUUUUCGGAGUUAUGCACAAACUCCUCAGCAGCCCUCGCGUGUGCUCUGCCCCUCCAGCCCCUCUCCCCCUCUCUGCCCACCUCCUGGUCACGGGGGACCCUGGACCACUAGGGGAGACCCUGGACCACAAGGUGGCAGUAGGCCCCCGUUUUUGCUCCAGACCAGGACCUGGGGAGGGGACUGGGGGCAACUGGGGAGGGGGCAACUCUUGGUCUCAUCUAUCACCCCCCUCCCCUCCGUGGGAAGCCCAUUAGCCUCCCUCAGUCGCCCCCCCCAUGCCUAACGGGCAAGACUGGAAAACAGGUGGUGUGAAGGGAGCGGGGUAUGUGUGCCUAAAGGGGGUAAGGGGUGUUUACCAUCCCUCAUAGCCCCCCUGUCUUGCUUCUAGCACCCCAGUAGACCCAAUGCUUGACUUCGCUGUUCCCGCGGGCUCCCCAGCACUUGUGGGGGGGGGGGGUCAGCUGGCACGAUGCCAACCGGGGCAUUUCUGCCCCCGAGCUCCCGGUUUGCACCACCGACCUGACCGUGCGGCGAUACCCCCUCCCACCCCCGGCCCAAGCCAGAGAGGGGCCUGAGACCAGCAGCCCUCCCCCCAGCCGCGCCCUCUCAGACUGGGCUCCGCCGGGAGCCCCACCCGGGUCCCACCACAGUGCCAACCUUCCCGGGAUUAUCACCUUUCCACCCUCCCCUCGUCCCCGGGCGGGGGUGCUGAUUAUACCGAGAGGAAUAUGGGCUCUGUUCCUCUGUGCCCCACAACCCUCCCCCCGCCAAAGGUCACGUCUGUUUUAAGACGGGUCCAGUGUGGGCACAGGGCCAUGCCAGAGCAGCUGGGCCUGGGCCCAGCUCAAGGUGACCCCUCCCCACCCCCGCAGUUGUUGGCACCACGGUCGCAAUCCGGCCUCGGGCCCAGGCCGAGGACCAGACGGGGACUUUGUGGACAGCCGCAGUCUGGCCCUCGGAAAGCGCUGGGCAUCAAACACUAACCCUCUCCUCCUCCCAAGGGCGAGGGGACGGUCCCUCGGUCAGUCUGUCCCUCCCCAGGGCCUCCUGGGGGGUCCUCAUCUGUGAGAAUAAACCGCAGGACCUGCCGA